AUGUGCAUGCGAGUUUCUCCAACUGAUUCCGGUAACAGCGGAAUUUUAUUUGUUGGAUUCAAUCAAGAUUAUAGUUGUUUUGCAGUUGGUAUGCAAAAUGGAUUCAGAAUUUUCAAUUGUGAUCCUUUAAAACAAUUGGAACGUUAUGAAUUCGAUAUUCGAGAUGGUACCGGUGUUGGCUACAUGGAAAUGUUAUUUCGUACAAAUUUACUUGGUAUAUUGGGUGGCGGUAAUCAUUCACGUCUACCAAGUAAUGUCGCUUGUUUAUGGGAUGGAAUAAAACAACAAUUUGUCUUAGAAAUCACCUGUGCUACAGAUGUUCGUGGCAUUCGUUUAAGACAUGAUCGAAUAAUAAUUAUACUUGUAAAUGCUAUCAAAGUGUACACAUUUAGCCCAUCACCUCAAUUAAUUUUUGAAUCAAAUACAUGUUCAAAUCCUUCAGGAUUAUGUUAUGUCUGUCAAAGUGUUGAUAAUCCAUUGGUUGUAUUUCCUGGACGACGACCUGGUGUUGUAUCAUUAGUUCAUAUUGGAAAUACUGGUUGUAAUGUCAAUCUUAAUAACAACGCAAAUAAUAACAAUCCUGGGAAUGUUACUAACAAUAACAGCAAUACUACUACUAAUAAUAAUAUUGGAAGUACAAAUACAAUAUCCAUCAAUACUAUUUGUCCAUCAUCAACAAAUGCUACUAAUAUGCCACCAAGACAAAUAAUUGCACAUGAAAAUCCACUUGCAUCAAUCACUUUAAAUCGUGAUGGUUAUCUACUGGCAACAGCAUCACAAAAAGGCACAUUAAUUCGUAUAUUUUCUACAAAAGAUUGUACUUUAUUACAUGAAUUACGACGUGGCACUAGUCAAGCUACAAUUACAUCAUUAUCAUUUAAUAAAGAUAGUGAUUUAUUAUGUGUUACCAGUGAACGUGGUACUGCGCACAUAUUUUGUCUUACAAAAGAUUCUUUAACUAAUCCUCGUAAUAUUCAAAUUAGUAGUAGUAAUAGUAUUAGUAGUAGUAGUAAUAGUAGUAAUACUAGUAUUAAUCAUAACCAUAGUCCUCACUUGACAAAAUCUUCAGGAUUUGGUUCCGGUAAACUCUCUCUACGUUCUCUAUUUUCUACUACAAGCCAUGUACGAUGUGUUUUGGAAACGAAAUUCAAGGCUAUAUGUGCUUUCAGUUCUGUCAGUCCUGAUACUUUAAUAGUUUUAUCCGCAGAUGGAUCUUACUACAAGUACACAUUCACAGCAAAUGGUACGGUAACACGUGUAACAUUUGUAAACUUUCUAGAUUUCUAUGAUGAUGAGACAGAUUUCUAA